UUUCUUAAACCACUGUCUUGGCGACAAAGAAACCCCAUAUGAUAUGAUCCUCUCAAUAAGAGGAGAACCCACACAACACUAACCAAGAAGACGAAGCAAUUUUUAUUGUUAAAGAGUUAAAUCUGCAAAAACAGUAAGCGGAAUCAGAAUCCGGCCAGCAAUCAAAAAGAAUACUCGCAAAAGUAGAAUGAGCAGCAUAGGCACCGGCUACGACCUAUCAGUCACCACCUUCUCCCCUGAUGGCCGGGUUUUUCAGAUCGAGUACGCCGCCAAGGCCGUCGACAACAGCGGCACCGUUGUCGGCAUCAAGUGCAAGGACGGCGUUGUCCUGGGAGUGGAGAAGCUCAUUGCGUCAAAAAUGAUGCUGCCCGGGUCCAAUCGGAGAAUCCAUGCUGUUCACCGCCACUCCGGCAUGGCCGUUGCUGGAUUGGCCGCAGACGGGAGGCAAAUUGUUGCACGAGCUAAAUCUGAGGCAACCAAUUACGAAAGUGUGUAUGGAGAGCAAAUUCCUGUGAAAGAGCUUGCAGACCGUGUUGCUAGUUAUGUUCAUCUAUGUACACUGUAUUGGUGGCUCAGGCCCUUUGGAUGUGGAGUAAUAUUAGGAGGGUAUGACAGAGAUGGACCACAGCUAUACAUGGUUGAACCUUCUGGUGUUUCUCAUAGGUACUUUGGCACGUCAAUUGGGAAAGGCAGGCAGGCUGCUAAGACAGAGAUUGAAAAACUGAAGCUUUCUGAAAUGACAUGCCGUCAAGGGGUUAUUGAGGUAGCAAAAAUAAUUUAUGGAGUGCACGAUGAGGCAAAGGACAAGGCCUUUGAAUUGGAAAUGAGUUGGGUGUGCGAUGAGUCAAAUCGUCAGCAUCAGAAGGUUCCCGAUGAUCUUUUAGAAGAAGCCAAAGCAGCAGCUAAAGCCGCACUUGAGGAAAUGGAUGCUGAUUAGGAGCUCAAAGCAUAUGCUUCCUGCUCUUUUAGUCUCUCACUUUUUUGAGAGCAUAUACUCAUCUCGAAAAGCCCUAUUCUAAUGCAUUAACAGAUGCCAAACAAAAACCGCAUGUUUUUGUACCCUGAAUUUUUUGGGUUAUUUGGGUGGCUUCUCUCAAAUGAGGAUUUCAAAUUGUUGAUUGCCUGCUGA